GGGGGGGUGUCAUUGGACGUGUCCUCUAACAUUUCACGCAACCAAACUUUAUUCCUGCUGUCAAAGCACAAAGCUUUGUUAGCCUCAACCUAACUUGAUGAAAACAUGAUCUCUCUAAGCUUUGUCAUCCAGGAGACUCGGAGUAGAGCUGCUGUUCCUCUGUGUUGGUCCCUCCAUCCCGUCAUUGGGAGGCCGCAGGGAAGACCCAGGGCACGUUGGAGAGACUCUCCAUUGGCCUGGGAACGCCUCUGGGAACGCCUCUGGAUCCGCUGGUCCAGGGCGGCCCGGGCAUCUUGUCUUAGGCUGCUGCCCUCAUCACUCAACCUUGGCUAAACAGAAGAAGAUGGAUGGAUGGAUGGAUGGCUACUGUAAGAUCUUGGGUUUGUUUUGGGGUUUUUGUAGGUUCUAAUUUUCAUACGAUUCAGAAAUUGGUGACAUCAUCAGAGUUUUUAUAUGCCGAGUUUUCGGACAAGCAGUUUGCCCUUCCUUCCUUCCUUCCUUCCUUCCAUGCAUCUUUCCGUCCUUCCUUCAUUCCUUCCUUCCUUCAAUCCAUCCAUCAGUCCAUCCAUCCUUCCUUCCUUCCUUCCAUUCACGCAUCAUCCAUCCAUCCAUCCUUCCUUCCUUUCUUUCUUCCUUCCUUCCUUCCUUCCUUCCAUUCAUCCAUUCAUGCAUCCUUCCUUCCUUCCUUCCAUGCAUCUUUCCGUCCUUCCUUCAUUCCUUCCUUCCUUCAAUCCAUCCAUCAGUCCAUCCAUCCUUCCUUCCUUCCAUUCACGCAUCAUCCAUCCAUCCAUCCUUCCUUCCUUUCUUUCUUCCUUCCUUUCUUUCUUCCUUCCUUUUCAUUCCUUCCUUCCUUCAAUCCGUCCAUCCAUCCAUCAGUCCAUCCUUCCAUCCAUCCUUCCUUCCUUCCUUCCAUCCACCCAUCAUCCAUCCUUCCUUCCUUCCUUCCAUCCAUGCAUCCUUCCUUCCUUUUCGUCCUUCCUUUUCGUCCUUCCUUCCUUCCUUCCUUCCUUCCUUCGUUUUUGUCCUUCCUUCCUUCCUUUCUAUCCUUCCAUCAUUCCUUUCUUCUUUCAAUCCAUCCAUCCAUCCAUCCAUCAGUCCAUCCAUUCUUCCUUCCUUCCAUCUAUGCAUCCUUCCUUCCUUCCUUCCUUCCGCCCAUGCAUCCUUCCUUCCUUCCUUCCGUCCAUGCAUUCAUCCUUCCUUCCUUCCUUCCUUCCUUCCGCCCAUGCAUCCUUCCUUCCUUACUUCCUUCCUUCCUUCCAUCCAUGCAUCCAUUCUUCCUUCCUUCCAUCCAUGCAUCCAUCCAUCUAUCCCUCCAUCUAUCCAUCCUUCCUUCCCGCCUUCAUUCCUUCCUUCCAUCCAUGCAUCCUUCCUUCCUUCCUUCCUUCCUUCCUUCCUUCCUUCCUUCCGUCCUUCCAUCUAUCCAUCCUUCCUUCCCGCCUUCCUUCAUUCCAUCCAUGCAUCCUUCCUUCCUUCCUUCCUUCUUUCCUUCCUUCCUUCCAUCUAUCCAUCCUUCCUUCCCGCCUUCCUUCCUUCCUUCCAUCCACUCUUCCACUUAUCCGGGUCACAGGAGUCCAGACUUCCCGGUCACGAGCCAUGACUUCCAUUUCCAGCAGGAGGACACCAAGGCAUUCCCAGGCCAGCUGUGUGACAUAAUCCAUCCAGCGUGUAGGACCCCAGGUCCCCAGGUCCCCAGGUCCGUAGAUCUGCCAGAGGCCUCUUCCCACCUGGGCAUGCCUGGACCACCUCACCAAGGAUUCAUUCCGCAAAAUGAGCGGUCAAACAAAUCACCUGGUUUGGCAUCAGAGGACAAAUAGUGAUGGAAUUUCAUCAGGGAUGUCCUACUGUCUCCGUUGUCCUACCAUCCAAGUUUUCACGUAAGAAGCUAGCCCGUUGCUAUGCUAGGCCAGCUCGUCUUCCUUGCGGAACGCCAGCAAGUUGAGUGAAGUUGGAAUACCGUGGCGGUACCGUGCUGGCAAAGUUGCGGCGAACAAAGCCCCGUCAGGACUUGUUUUGGUGCACCUGAGCGAGGCGUCGUCCCGCUUUCGCCUCCUACGACAGCCGAGCGAGACGGCGAACAAUGGCGGCAGCAUGAUGACACAUUUCUUGAAGGGCGGGCAGGAGGAAGAUGAGGAGGAGGAUGAGGAGGGAGGCGGCUGUUGAAAAUCCACAAAGGUUUUGUCGUCAAUGCGCGGCUGACAAUAGCAACAAAAACAUUCAAGGGAGAAAAGAUGUGUUUCUGUGUUAAACAAUUAGUGCUGCGGCAUUAGAGGCGAUCAGGGGGGAGACAAAAGCCCGGCAGCGGCGGGGGUUUACCCCCCGACACAAAGACACAAAGACGGAUGCUCGGCAGCGCGGCCGAGCUCCAGCACCGCCGUCCGCCGGGGCCGCAUGGAACCGCGACAAUCCGCAGGGGGGACGGGGACGUCAGCGGGACGGGGACGUCAGCGGGACGGGAAUGCCAGCGGGACUGGGACACCAGCGGGACUGGGACACCAGCGGGACGAGCACACCAGGAG